AUGCGAGCCCCCUUCCCUCUGGCGCUGCGCAUUGGCACCGACAUCGUAGCCACGAACCGAAUCGCGUCCUUACUCCAACCAGACAUCCGACGGUUAGUCCGACUGACCAAUCGAUUCCUGGUCGCUCAAGAGCUCGAGGAUCUCAGGCGCCGCUUCCCGCACUGGGACGAUGCAGAUCGCCAGGACCGGGACCAGCUGGCGAGGAACAAACAGGUUGCUGCCUGGAUUGCCGGCCGCUGGGCGUCCAAGGAGGCCGCCAAAAAGGCCUGGGAUGCUUCUUUACUCAGCUUUCGCGAUCUGAGGGUCGGAAUUGAACCCGACAGCGGCUCGGUCCAUAUCAUCUGCGAUAUCGCUGGUCUGAUUCAAACCUCGGAAAACGCUUCAGGUCAUUCCACAAUAACCUCAGGCAGCAGCAGCAGCAGCAGCAGCAGCAGUAGCAGCGCCAGAGUCACUGAGCAGACUGCUCAACUCAGCAUAAGCCACGACGGAGACUACGCCAUCGCCACAGUUCUUGCGACACCCUUACAUGCAGAUAUAUCGGCCGAGCUUGCACGAAGAAAGGCCGAAGCCGAAGCAAAGGUUUAA